UUUUCACGAGAUAUUUAUUUUUUUUACGAGAUAUUUAUUUAGCGAAUACUGAGCGAUUAUUACAGUUUUCAUAAUACAACCCGGAAGAUAUUUUUUUAUCUACACCUACCCACCAUUUCCACCCACUCUCCCCACUCACACUUUCCACUCUCCCCACUCACACUUCGCACCAUACUUUGCCCCCCACCAAAAUAAACUUUAGCCAUAAUACUCAUUCCCUUCCACUCACCAUUUCUCCUACAUACCAAGGAACAAGUGCAGAGGUAAGAACUGCAAUCAUAAUUUCAUAAUUUAAUUCUUACAACCUUCAGCAACUCCCAAGCUCUCUCUCUAAAAAAAAAAACGCCACUGCCCAUGUAAGUUUGGAACUUUGAAAUUCUUUCAUUUUUUCCUUGUCUCUCUUGCAAAUUUUGAAUAAAGCAACAUCUGAAAUUCUUGUACAACUCCAUUCACAGAACUCCAUUCACAGAAGUUUAGUAAACAACAACAAAUACAACAACAAACACCAGCCGAAACCUCAUCAAAAGGCUUUGAGCAUCAGGAGGAUUAGCACUGCUAUUCCGAUUCAGAGAUAAGGUUAAACGACAGGCUUUGCCUAGACAGAAUGGAAGACGCACCAAGAAGACGCGGUAGGGGACGAGGACGUGGUCGUGGUCGUGGACGCGGCAGGGGAUUCAUCCCUGAAGAGCCAAUCCAACAAGUAGCACCAAAUCGUACUGCUGAAGAGAAGUUUCGCAAGGAAAAACCUCCAACAUUUGACGGGCUGGGCGAUCCAACAGACGCCGAAAAGUGGAUUAGGGCCAUAGAGCGUAUCUUUAACUACAUCCGUUGCGAGGACGAAGACAAAGUAACUUGUGCAACCUACCAACUGGUGGAUGAAGCCGACUUCUGGUGGGAAUCUGUGAGGCGCACAAUGACUGAGGAACAGUGGGAAAAUUUCACUUGGGAAGAUUUCAAGACUGAAUUAUACGAGAAGUACAUACCGGGAUGCUAUAGACAAAAGAAGCAGAAUGAGUUCUGGAAUCUGAAGCAGAGGGCUGGGACAGUUACUGAGUACGAUAGAGCCUUCAAUCAGCUAUCAAGAUAUGCUCCGACGCUGGUGGACACUGAUGAGAAACGUGCAGAAAAAUUUAGGAAUGGACUGCGCCAUGAGAUAUCAAUCUCCCUAGCAAGCCAGGGAGGUCUCACCUACGCACAAACUUUGAGCAGGGCUCUCACCAUUGAGUCAUUGCUACCAAAGGAAAAAGGGAAAGCUCCGGGACAGUCUGGAUUCGUACCACCUCAAGAUGGUGGUAAAGGAAAAAGAAAGUGGAACGAGGGAACUGGAGGAAACCCCGGGAAUGGAAAUGGAAAGAAGCCGUGGGCUGCUAACCAAAAUCAGAAUCAACGUCAGAAUCAACAGCCGCAAGCAAUGGGACGACCACUCUGCCCAAAGUGUCAGCGACCUCAUUCAGGGGAAUGCCUGAAAGGAAUGAAUAUAUGCUAUAGAUGUGGGGAAACUGGGCACUAUGCUUCAGUAUGUCCGAAGAAGAACGGAGGAGCACCUCAACAGCAAAACCCCAAAAAUCAACAGCGACAAAAUCAGGGCCCUGGAGGACAACGGGGACAGCCACAGAAUGCUAGGGCCUAUGCCCUUAACCAAAAUCAAGCAGCAGGAAACCAAGGAAACUUGGCAGGUAUGAUUAAUGCUUUCGACGUGCCGAUUAUAGCUUUGUUUGAUACUGGAGCGUCCCACUCUUUCAUUUCACAUGCUGCUUGUAAGAGAUUAGAACUGGCUCCACAAUUGGCUGAGAUAACUUUAGAAGUUAACACCCCUGGUAAUGGAAUAUUGACUGCUAAGGACAUUAUCUCGAACUUAGAGCUGAACAUAGGUGCUGAAACAUUUAAGGCAGAUUUGUAUGUCAUCACUAUGAUAGAGUUUGACAUAAUCCUAGGGAUGGACUGGCUUACUCAAGUCGGUGCCACGAUACUGUGUAGCGAGAGAAAGAUCUCUUUCCAAUCCGCUGGAAAGGAGAAGGCAAGUUUUCAUGGCAUAAGAAUGGGAGGAAGAGUACCAGUGAUUUCGGCGAUGAAGGCCACAAAGAUAAUGAGAACGGGAGAAUGUCAGGCUUUUCUGGUCAGUUUGACAGGAGAACAUGAAGUAAAGAAAACGAUCGAAGAAGUUCCAGUGGUGCGAGAAUUCAAAGAUGUUUUUCCCGAAGAAUUGCCCGGUAUGCCACCGAACAGACAACUAGAAUUCACGAUUGAUCUAGAACCCGGGGCAGCACCAGUGUCAAAGGCACCAUACAGAAUGGCCCCGCCAGAGUUACAAGAAUUGAAAGUGCAACUACAAGAACUGUUGGAUCUAGGUUUCAUACAGCCUAGCGUGUCACCGUGGGGAGCACCAGUCUUAUUCGUCAAGAAGAAAGAUGGUUCACUAAGGAUGUGUAUCGAUUAUAGAGAAUUAAACAAGCUCACGAUAAAGAAUAGAUAUCCUCUUCCAAGGAUAGACGACUUGUUUGAUCAGUUGAAAGGAGCCGGUGUGUUUUCCAAGAUUGAUCUAAGAUCUGGUUACCAUCAACUCAAGAUGAAAAGAGAAGACAUUCCAAAGACAGCAUUUCGAACGCGUUACGGACAUUACGAGUUCACAGUGAUGCCCUUUGGAUUAACGAAUGCCCCAGCCGUUUUCAUGGAUUUGAUGAACCGAGUGUUCCAUCAAUAUCUCGAUAGUUUUGUCUUAGUGUUUAUUGACGACAUUCUCAUCUACUCUAAGACUGAAGAACAACACGAGGAGCACUUGCGCAUCGUACUCGAAACCCUGCGUAAUGAGAAAUUGUUUGCUAAAUUCAGCAAAUGCGAGUUUUGGUUGAGAGAAGUAAUGUUUCUCGGUCACAUCGUGUCGACUGAAGGAAUCAAAGUAGACCCCGCCAAGGUCGAAGCAGUCAAGGAAUGGAAGGCACCAUCAAAUGUCAAUGAGAUCAGGAGUUUCCUCGGUCUAGCAGGUUACUACAGAAGAUUCAUCGAAGGAUUCUCGAAAUUGGCUAGGCCAAUGACUCAGCUUUUGAAGAAGGGGACUAAAUACGUUUAG